AUGGAAAUCCAAGAUCUCGACGCGGAGACCCUCCGGCUCUUCAUAGAGCUUCAAUCCGAGGACUUGAAAUUACUCGACAAGGGAAAACGCAACGCCAAUCAGCCCAUGUCGGACAAUCAGCUAGCAAUGCGUCUCUACAAGGCGGAGCUUGGGAGCCUAGCAUCCUUCAGCGCGGACCGAGCCAUGUGCAGAAGCAUUUCCAACGCCGUGUCAGUUGAUGGUGCUGCGAUAGUCGCGCAUAAGCAAGUCGAGCUACAGGCCAGAAGCGACCGACAGCAUGCCUUGGCCUUGAGCACAAACUCGCAACCCGCCACGGCGAUAUCAAGACCUUCUACAGGCCUGCCCACGCAAACAAAUGGGGAGGGGAGGGCUCCUCCGGACAGAAAUGCCCCAGUGCCAAAGCCUCCCGGCUCAAGCCUUCCAAUGGGCGUAGUUAAUAAUGGCAAGGAUAGCCUCAAAAGAGAGUCAUCACAAUCAUCCACAGAACUUGAAGCUGAGCGGAAGAAACACUCGACUCCGUUCACUUGUUUAGCCUGUUGCGAGCGUAUCUCUUACGACAACCUCACGUAUCGCGUCUGUGAGCACCAUUAUUGCAGGGCUUGCCUCGUUCACUUGUUUCAGAGCUCUCUUACCGACGAGUCGCUGUUCCCCCCGAAAUGCUGCCACAAACCAAUGUCUUUCACAAAUAAUCGGAAAUUCUUCUCUGAAAGUUUUUGUACUUUGUUCAAGGAAAAGUCCAUCGAGUUCACGACCCCCAACCGGACGUAUUGUCAUGUCAAGACAUGCUCGGCAUUUGUCCCCCCUUCAUCUAUCCAAGGCGACAGGGCAGUGUGCAGAAAGUGCAACUGGUCGACUUGCACACACUGCAAAGGUCCAUAUCACGCUGGCGCCUGUCCUGCGGAUUCCGCUACGCAGGAGCUUCUUCGUAUCGCAAGAGAGAAUGGAUGGCAGAGCUGCCAGUCGUGCCACAGAGUGGUGGAGCUCUCCACCGGGUGCUACCAUAUCACCUGUGUGUGCAAACACGAGUUCUGCUAUGUGUGUGGAGUGAAGUGGAAGAACUGCCAGUGCUCACAUUGGGAUGAGCGACGGCUACUCGAGCAAGCAAACAACAUUGUCAAUCGGGACGCAGCCGCUAGGCCAAUGGCUCCUGCGUUGAGGGCUGCGCGAGUCAACCAAGAGAGGGCGAACCUGAGACAAAAUCACGAGUGCUCACAUGAGAAUUGGAAAUCUCGGGGUGGUUUCCAUCGAUGUGAUGAGUGUCGCAGCAAGCUAACGACCUUCAUAUAUGAGUGUAGACAAUGCCGUAUCAUGGCGUGCAGGCGGUGCAGAUACAACCGUCUUUGA